UUAGUCUGUAAAGAACUGUCUAGUUGAACAUGCAGUCGAGACGUGCGCCGAGGGGGGCGUUUUCCCAUUGCCAAAGAAAAUACAAAACGGCUGUAAAUAAAUUCCAAAACUAAUCCACCUUCAUCGCUCGAAUGCGCCGCAGUUAUCGGACACGUCGACCCGAAAUUCAACCCCCAACCGUGCCGAAAAUGAAAGGGGGGAGCCGUUGAGUCAAAAAUCAAUAGGAUGUGAAUAAGUGUGGGACAUUCAAACCUGUUUAUCACCGAAAUAGUGUAGAAUAUCAUUAUUUAUAUCAUAGUUCUGAUAAAAUGUUAACGCUGUGCUCAAGGAUAAGUAUUACAUUAUGAAGAGGAGAUUUGUCGAUAAAUUAUCCAUUCUACAUAUCAGAAGGGAUAUUCAUUGUUGAUAUUUAAUGCGAGUGGAGUGUUGAUUGAGGGAAUUGUUAUGGAAAAUUUUGCGUGAUUGAAUGACAUUAAUCAUAUCGCGGGGGUCUGGAAGAUGUCGGAUGGCAUCCGCGAGGGGAGAGAUUUCCUCGUGUCAUUGAGGGGGGGAGUUGCAACUGCUGUGAGGAAAAUGAGGAAGAGAGUUGUCGUGGGAUGCUGCUUGGGUACACUACUCGGUAUUUUUGUUUUUACCAGCAACAAUGAUCUGAUACAGAGGAUGACUCCGUUCUUUGUCACUCCGCCGGAGGAUAUUAGUUGUUAUAUUGAAGUAUCGACGCCGGGCUCCGUAGAAACACUUCUUACUGCAGACGUGAAAAGUGCCCCAAAAGGCUCCAAAAAUAUAUUUUUCCAUGAAACAUCCUGUUUUGGAGAUGAGGGGAUCACCCUCACCCCGAGACAAGCGUGUGCAGUGGAAUCAGCGGCCAAAAUGAACCCAACAAUGCAAGUUUACUUGUUGGUGCUCAGUCACUCGAACUUCUCAGCGCCAACAAAAGAAACUGUUACCGUACUCUCGGCCUACAAGAACGUCAAGAUCAGACGGAUAUUCAUGGAGGAGUACGUGAAGAAUACACCGCUGGAGGAGUGGUGGGUCUCGGGGAUUCUCAGGACGAGCAAGUGGCCGAGAAGUCACAUGUCCGAUAUCCUCAGGUAUCUGACGCUCUGGAAAUUCGGGGGAAUCUAUCUCGACCUGGACGUCGUCGUCACGACGUCAUUAGAGAAAUUCACGAAUUUCGCGGGGGCAGAGGAUUGGGAGGACGUGGCCGCUGGUGUUCUCGGAUUCGGAACGACUGGUUUAGGCCGAAGGAUCGCUGACGCUUGUUUGCGAGACCUGAAGAAGAACUUCCGGGGCAAUGUGUGGGGAAACAAUGGGCCAGGUGUCAUUACAAGAACCCUCCAGAAAUUGUGCGCCACUAAAUACGCUCGGGACAUGACGCCCCACAGAUGCCGUGGCUUCACAGUCUACCCGCCAUCAGCAUUCUACCCAAUUCACUACAAAAAAUGGAAGUUAUAUUUCGACGAGAAGGAGAAGAACUCAACGAUGAGUAUAAUCCGCAGGGCAUUAGCAAUUCACGUCUGGAACAAGCUGAGCAGUUCCGAGAUCAUUUCACCCCCUAGUCAAGUGCCAUACGCCCUUGUAGCCAGUGAAUAUUGUCCCAAGGUUUACACUCACUCUGGAAAACUGUUCUAAACUCACACGCGCGAAAAAAUUUAAUUAAAAAACCCAUCGAAUUCGUUAGAAAAUUCUAUUGAAUUUCUAUUAAACUUUCUAUUAGUUUUUGGCUGAUUC